UUUGUGUUGCAUUAGAGACAUCUAGUGGUGUAAAAGUUGUAUUGCAUUUGAGUUCUCAUAUUUAGUCCCUCCUCUCUUGCCGUUGUUUUUUCCUGUUUGCUUCUGACUCUGGUCUACUGAGAGGUCAUGCAGCAGUUACUCUUUUCUCUUUGCCUUGGGUAGUUUUUGAAGGUCUAAGUCUUUUUACAAAAUUGGAAAGAUCCUUACUAAAGGCCUCUCUCUACUCCGGUUUCCUGGGUCUUUAUUUAAUGGGUCUUAUGUUAGCUAUCUGCUACGCUAACCUGUCAAAGCAAGAGCAGAAUAGUAAAAAGACUUAAAAUUCAGUCCGCUAUCAUAAGAAGCGUAAGUUAUCAACACUGCAGCCCAGAAGUUCAGCAUAGAUUCAACAAUCUAUCAUGGAGGAAAAAAGUGAAGAAAAACCUCUGCUAGAAGAUGGACAGUCUCAACACUCCUUCCAUACCAGACGCUCAACCCAUUCUAGUCGUGCCUCAUCACACGGUUCUGCUGCCACAAGAGCUAGAGCUAAAGUGGAAGCUGCAAAAGUCAAAGCUUCAUAUGCACAAAGAGAAGCAGACAUGCUAAUAAAGCAGGCACGGUUAGAAGCAGAAGAAUUUAAGAGAAAAACUGAGCUUGAAGUGGAACUGAAACGUAGGACAACUGAGUUACAGGCCAACCUCAAAGCACUGAAAAUACAGGGCGCUGCUGAAGCAGCUAUUACAGAGGCUGAAAUCCUUGAAGCAGCUUAUGAGGAAGAAGUUGGAAAACCAACACAGCAGAAUGUGACCAAAUUAGCUCUGUAUCACUCACAUCAACGCACUAGUGAGUAUGUGCAACAACAUUCUCAGGAGCAUGGAGAGCAACAGUCUCAACUCAUGGAACCACAACCCAUCUUUCCACCACAGCACCAGCCAAACAUGGACAACGGUGAUACAGAUAAUCGUGGAAUCCAAACACACAGUUGGGAAGAAAUUAGCGAUGGCAUGUUCCAAGAAUUAACAGCACAACGCCAGAGCACGAGCACAGCCUACGCUCAGCAAAGCCAUGCAACCCCUUUGAAGUUCUACGAAGAUGAACGCAGCCCUCUACAGACUCACGUCACACAAUCAAAAGGUAAAACCUACUUCAUGCCCUCUAGAGCACCCCUGCAUGAUCAGUCAGACACAACAGACUUAGCCAGAUACCUGAUUCGCAAAGAAAUAAUUAGCUCUGGGCUCUUAAAGUUUGACGAUAAACCAGAGAACUACUGGGCCUGGAAAGCUUCCUUUGUCAACUCCACCAGUGAUCUGAACUUAACCCCCAGGGAAGAGCUAGAUUUACUGACUAAAUGGCUGGGACCACAGUCUACAGAGCAGGCUAAACGCAUCCGUGCAGUUCACAUCAAUAAUGCCAGCGCAGGACUCAAAAUGGUGUGGCAGAGAUUGGAAGAAUGCUAUGGAUCAGCAGAAAUUAUAGAAAACGCUCUGCUUAAGAAGUUAGAGCAGUUUCCAAAAAUAUCAAACAGGGACAAUGAGAAGCUGUGGGAGCUAGGGGACCUGUUGCUAGAGCUGGAGGCAGCCAGGAAAGAUGGAUUCUUACCUGGACUAUCUUACCUCAACACACCACGGGGAGUCAAUCCCAUUGCACAGAAGCUUCCCUAUAACCUUCUGGAGAAAUGGAUCUCAGUUGGCUCUAAAUAUAAAGACGAACAUCAGGUUCAAUAUCCCCCCUUUUGUGUUUUUGAAAAGUUUAUCAGAGACCAAGCAAAGACAAGAAAUGACCCCAACGUGCCGAACUGACCAUGAGUGGUUCAGUCAAGACGGAUAAACCUCUGAAACCCACCAAAUCAUAUGUGUUCACCAGGAAGACCGAGGUUUCUUCAGAAAGUGGUGAUAAGCAAAACAUUAGGGAGAAAAAGGUUGAGGAUCCAGAUAGAUUAUGUCCGUUACAUAAUAAGCCCCAUCCUCUAAGAAAAUGCCGUGGCUUUCGCAGCAAGACCGUAGAUGAACAAAAAGCUUACCUCAAAGAGAAACAUAUUUGUUUCAAGUGUUGUGCCUCAACAAGUCACCUCGCUAAGAACUGUGACAAAUCUGUGCAGUGCAAAGAGUGCAACAGCAACAAACACUUAGCUGCGCUUCACCCAGGGCCAGUGCCAUGGAAGUCUUUCAGCUCUGCCGUGAAGGAGGAUCACGGCGGGGAGCAGCAGGAGGAUGAGACUCCAGAGGUUAUGUCAAAGUGCACAGAAGUCUGCGGGGACUCAUUCGGUUCCCGAUCAUGCUCCAAAAUAUGCUUGGUCCGAGUCUACCCUGCAGGCCAAAGAGAGAAAGCUGUUAAAGCAUAUGCUGUCCUUGAUGAGCAGAGUAAUAAGUCCCUGGCCAAGACCGAGCUAUUCGACCUUUUGGGCAUUGGAGCAAAUGCUGCACCAUACACCCUUAAAACAUGCUCAGGGAUUGUGGAAACAUCAGGACGACGUGCAAACAACCUCAUAGUUGAGUCAAUAGAUGGAAAUGUACAGAUAUCGCUUCCAUCACUCAUAGAGUGUGACAUGAUGCCAGAUGACCGUUCAGAGAUCCCCUCAGCAGAAAUAGCACAGCAUUAUUCCCACCUCAAGCCAGUGGCGGAUAAAAUCCCAGCCAUUGAUCCAGAUGCAGCCAUUCUUCUUCUUCUCGGCAGAGACAUACUGUGCGUACACAAAGUACGUAAACAGUAUAAUGGACCCAAAAAUGCUCCAUAUGCCCAACAACUUGACCUCGGCUGGGUCAUUGUUGGAGAAGUAUGUCUCAGAGGAGCCCACAAGCCUAGCAGCAUUAAUGUUUACAGGACCGAUGUCCUACCUACUGGACGUACGUCUUUCCUUAGACCAUGUCAUAGUGUUAUUCACAUCCAGGAAAAGUUUGACAAGAGGAGAUCAAGUCACAGUAUACAAACCUUGAAAGAGAUAGACAUACUGGCAGAUGACAUUGAUGAUCUUGGAAGCACGGUAUUCAAAAGAACAAAAGAGGAUGAGAAAAUUGCUUUGUCUAUCGAAGAUCAAGCCUUCCUUGAGAUCAUGGACAAAAACGUCCACAUGAAUGAUGCAAACAGUUGGGUAGCUCCCUUACCAUUCCAUUCCACAAGGCGCCGUCUCCCAAAUAAUAGAGAGCAAGCAGCCAAACGUCUCUCAUCUCUGUGUCGCACUUUGGAAAGAAAGCCAGACAUGAAAAAGCAAUUUAUGGAUUUCAUGCAGAAAAUCUUCGAGUCAAACCAGGCAGAACUAGCUCCGCCAUUGAAAGAGAAUCAAGAGUGCUGGUAUCUACCAACAUUUGGUGUCUACCACCCUAAGAAGCCAGACCAAAUACGGGUGGUGUUUGACUCUAGUGCCAGCCACGAAGGUGUCUCCCUCAACGACAUCCUCUUAAAGGGACCAGACCUCAAUAAUACUCUUCUUGGUGUCCUUCUUCGUUUCCGCAGGGAGCCUUUUGCAAUCACAGCAGCUGAGCAACAGAUGUUUUAUUGUUUCACAGUCUGUGAGGAACACCGUGAUUUCCUAAGGUUCUUGUGGUUUGAAGAUAACGACUUCACAAAACCAGUGACUGAAUACCGAAUGACGGUACAUGUAUUCGGUAACAGCCCUUCACCAGCUGUGGCCAUUUAUGGCUUGAGACGGGCAGCGCAAGAAGGACAAAAAGAACAUGGCCAAGAUGCUAAGCAGUUCGUCAUGCGGAACUUUUAUGUGGAUGAUGGACUCGCCUCAUUCUCCACUGCAGUAGAAGCCAUCGACAUUCUGAAAAGAACAAGGGAGAUGUUAGCUGAGUCAAGCAUCAAGUUGCACAAGAUAGCAUCAAAUAGCAGCACUGUUAUGAACGCUUUCCCAUCUGAAGAUCAUGCCAAAGAUCUUAAGGAUCUGGAUCUGUCAUCUGAUCCUUUGCCUAGGCUAGGCCUCAGAUGGGACCUGCAAACAGACAGCUUCUCCUUCUGCGUGUCUGAUGAGGAAAAACCAUUCACUAGAAGGGGCAUCCUUUCGACGGUCAACAGUGUCUACGAUCCCUUGGGGUUUGUGGCACCAAUCACGAUUCAGGGAAAGGCUCUGGUGAGAGAUAUCUCCAUAGAAGAGUACGAUUGGGACACUAAACUACCAGACGUCAAAAUAAUCCAGUGGAAAGCCUGGAAAGAUUCCCUGAUGGAACUUAAGCUACUCCAGAUCCAGAGGACCUACCUUUCUGUUUCUCUGCUUGCCACUGUACACAGAGAAAUUUGUGUCUUCGCAGAUUUAUUUAUUUAA